GCGAUGCAGGGGACUUAAAGGCCGCCAGGAGAAGAAGACUCCCUCAUUUCAAGUGAAUACAGCCAGCACAGACACUAUUAUGGGAAACAAAUGGAUAAAACAGAUGUUGAAGUAAGUGAAUGAAAGCUUUGCGGACCGGACCUCGUGUGUUUGGAGCCACCCUACUCAGAUAUCUGCUGCUGCUUCUCCAGUCACAGUCACAGGACAUCAUCAUCGGUAGUAGCCGACUCACCCGGCUUGCUAGCCACAAAUCUCUGCUCCACAAUCACGGAUCUUUUUUAAAAAAAAUAGCGUUACGAAAGCUAGCCAAACGGAUCUGACCCCAGUUUGCUCUCAUUAAAGUAAAGGUAUGACCCUGCUAGUCCUCACAUCUGACCGCUAGGAUCUAAGCUAGCAUCAUCUGGAGGUGUUGGAUGGACGCGUUGCUCAGCAGCAGCAGCAGCAGCAGCAGCAGCAUCCCAACCGCCGCACCGGAAUACUAACUAUCUAUCUAGCUAACUAACUGAGGAGGAAGUGUCUCCAUCAUGACGAGGACCAGUCUGCUACUACUGCUGCUUCUCCACAGUCAUGUUGUUGUUGUAGAUGCCACAUGUAAAUGACCGUCCUGAGCUCACACCAUCAUGUAUGUGGCUGGCCGUGUCUGUCUCCAGCCCUGCGGAUGACACUCACACAGGUACCGGCGGUUCACAGCGACCAGCGGCGGCGCUAAGCAACCGUUGCCGGGGUGUUGGUGGUUGGUUGGUUGCUGUGAGAGACUUGAAGCUAUUGGAGGCUAUAACAGCACAAUUAUAGGAACAACCCCCCUAAAACAAACACCAAUGGUAUCCCAUAAGGUUUUCGUCGCAAUAAUCUUAUUAAAUGUGUAUAUAGGUGUACAGUCUGUUUUUUACUUAUUCGGAGGAGUCAUUUUAACGGUCCUGUUUGCUAUGGCGUUUUUGAAUGGACCCAGGCUGCUGGACUGGGCGAGUUCACCUCCACAUCUUCAGUUCAACAAAUACGUCCUGACGGGAUACCGGCCGAUCUCCUCUGUGCAAGACUGCAUCAGGAGCCUGUUUUACCUGCACAAUGAACUUGGAAACAUAUACACUCACGGCAUCCCUUUGGUUUGCUUCCUGGUGCUGCUGCCUCUCAACAUCCCCUGGUCUCAGAUCAGCGUAACAUGGUUGGGCGUUGUGCACUUCCUGGCUUGCCUGUCGCCCCAGCUGGGCUCGGUGCUCUACCACCUCUUCAUGAACCACGAGGGAGGCGAGCCCGUCUACCACACCCUCCUCAAACUGGACGUGUGUGGAAUCUGCAUGAUCAACACAUUGGGGGCACUGCCCAUUGUCUACAGCACGCUACUGUGCUACCCGUUCAUUCGCACCGUGGCCCUGUUAGUCUACAUCCUGCUGUCCAGCCACGCCAUCUACUGCGCCGUCACGGCUCGGAGCAGCGUUCGCCGGCUGCGCUCCUUCGCCUGGCAGGUGCUGUUCCGCUUUUCCUUCUUCCUGCUGCGCUGGGCGGGCUUGGGUGGCGGCAGCCCCACCUCGUUACGCCACUUCCUCAUGAUGGAUGCGCUGGCCGUGCUGGGCGGGGUCAUCAACAUCACACGCAUCCCGGAGCGCUUCCGCCCGGGCCUCUUUGACUACUGGUGCAACAGCCACCAGAUCAUGCAUGUACUGGUGGUAGGCUCCAUCCUUUACCUGCACUGGGGGGUGCUGGACGACCUGCUGUGGAUCAACAGCUACAACUGCCCCUCAGACUGACGCCCCCUGCAGCCCUCGCCCCUCACAAGGAGCAAUGGAACGUAAGGACCUCUGAGGGGAGGGGGUUCUCUGCAGAGGGAAGGGGGGAGGAAUCAGGGGGAACUGAUGCAGUGAGGUGAGACAAUAUGUUCUCCGUGCAUGUGUUCACCUCGUGCGCUCAAACUCCGAAUGUUCAUAUCUACGUCCAUCUUGGUACUUUGUGCGAAUGCAAGAGAAAGUAUGUCAAGUAACACGCACAAGCAUUUUGACUCUGUCACUCUCCGUAAACAUGGACACACAGGUGUAUACAGACACAUACACACACACACACACACACACACACAGCAAAAUGGAAAUAUUUCAAACACUAAAUUUCAUGACUGAGUAUUGAACACUAUAAAGUCUUAAGUAAAGGCUCUAGUAAAAGGUUACUGCUGAGUUUCAAGCCUUUACUUAAUAAUAGAAGUUUUACCUGAGCAUUAGUCGAUGUGGUUGGCUAAGACAGUCUGUGGCUAAAGACAUCACAUGCUCAAUUCCUCUCAGAUGUCACUGUUGCUACCUAUGCAGCACAUCCAUAUCUCAACUCAUGCACAUCACACACACACUCAGACACCCUCACACCUAUAUUUUUAUACUACAUGCACAUACUGUCAGUGCUGCACAAAGCACCCAUAGAGUUUUCACUACGUCCAACUGAGUGAGUUUUACUGGACUGGUUGUUCUGUCCGUGUUUCCCUGUUUUAUGCCACUGCCUCUUUAUUUAUGUGUGUGUCUGUCUGAUUUGUCCAAAAGAUGACGAGGAAGUGAAGAAGGGCAAGGGGGUUUAUUCCUGAGUGUGCUGGCAUGUUGGAUUACUUACUUCAGGUGGCUUGGAUGACACAUUACAAUCAAUUGUGCAGUGUUAUGUGUUUCGUUUGCACCUGAGCUCAGUGCCAAUGACGUACUGUAAAAAGAAAGUGCACACGUUUACAAACUGUGUUGCUCGGUGGCAUUACUGUUCGCCGAACUUUUGCUGAUGGGAACAAAGCAAAGUCGUCGUUAUUUAUUCUUGCACAUAUAUGAUAACCUCCAAUUGUAACGGAGAUUGUCGCCACUAUUUCCUUUUCCUUAGGUUUUAUAAUUGUUAAGUUAUAAACUGAGUGCUGAGUUUUGUUCUGCACAAAAGCCCUCUAAUGUGCAUUUUAAAAUGACAGAGCAGACAUGAACUAGCACUCUGAUGAUAAUAUGUUUUUCACUGAAAUGCCAUCAUGCGUACAUUAGAUUGUGAUGUACAUGUGGCAGCAAGAUGCACUGAAAGUUAAGGGGUUGCCACUUUAUAAUUGCCAAUUUUCAAGGUACCUUCAUUGUAAGUUACUAAACAAUUACAACACUACAGUUAAAAAAGACCUGUGUAUUGGCACAAUAUGCACAAAUACUGUAAUGAAACAUGUAAUAUUUAUUCAGUUGUAUUUAUUUGCUGAUGCACGUAACAUCAUGUUUCUGCCAGCUGUUAAAACAGUUUACGUUGUUGCUGUGCAGGAUCACAGGCUGACAGAUCAAGUUAGAGGUCAGAGAAAAUCUUUUGUUUUAUUCAAACCGUGCAAAUCCAGAGGAUUAGCUCCUCAUAUUCUCCCCACACACUUUUUUUCCCAGCGAGUUUUGACUCCUCAGUCACACAGUAAUGUUGUAGAAAAACAUCGGUCACAUAACGUUCCCAAUAAUCAGCAAGAAAAAUAACAUUGUUAUGUGACAUUUAAAACUUGUGCAGCCUUCUUCUAAAGAUAUAUUAUUUAUUAUUUAUGUCAAUUUUCCUUGGGCUUGAAUGAAAAUGGUUUUACUGUAUUUGCACAUUAUUGCCAUUGUUUACGCUUUCUUAUUUAAAUGCGGCGCUUUUGCUCUGCAGCUGGACUUUGUGUUCUGUGAGUAGCACCUUUUUUAUAACAUGGAUAGACGUUUAAAAUGUAGUAGUAUUUUAUCAAGCUGGCCAAACCAAACAGGAAUGAACCCUUGUGCCCUCCUGUCAUGUACUGUAUAAGUUCUGUGCGAAUGUCCAUGAUUGAUUUGCCACUAUGUUCCUCUGUGGUAUUUCAGUCACUACUCUUGAGUUAAAGAAACUGUUGCUCUGUUCCUUCAUGCUCAAGACUAGUGGUUGAAGUGCCAUUUCUUUUCCACAGGCACACUUUACUUUCUUAAUGACACUGCACUUGUUUCCCCAUGCCAACAGUCACAGCCGCCCACUGACUCGUUGCCAAUCCCGUCAGACCCACUUCAUCUUGCCAAAUUAGCCGCGUCUGAGGUGUAGCACACAUGCUCUGCUUCCUGUGCUAACACUGACUCAUAGAUGAAGAAGGAUUUCCCACAGUCUUAAUCACGUACGCUAGCCUCAGACUGCGUCCCCCCCACCCCUCCCCUCUCCUCGAUAAGGAGUCAGAUACUUGUGUCUGCUAGUCUCACUCUGACACAAUGAUUAUUACCGUCUAUGACCGUGGUACAAUGUAAAAGCUGAAACUAAUGUAUUGUUGGCCAUUGAAUGAAACUGAAAAAAUGCAUGAAAGUAGCUCUAAAAACAAAACCUGAUGUCUCAUAGUGUUAGCUAAGCGUUUGUUCACCGUAGAUAAUCCACAGACCAUGUCACGGGAGGGCGGGGGGGGGGGCGGGGGUGCGGUGAUUGAUCGGAUCAGAUCAGAGGCAUUACUUCACUAUCAAAUAAACUGCACUGUUCAUCGUUCUCAAAAGGGCUUUGGAUUAAAGUAAAUUACAAUUCUGAAACAUAUUUAAAGUCCAUAUAAAUAAUGUAAAUACCUGUAUGUAGAUUAUAUAUACAUACAGUGCAAACAAUAUACCCUGAUUCAUUUUUGAUACAAACACAAUAUGUUAAGGGAAGAAAAUAUAGGAUAAGAAGAAAUGGGAUUAACUGCUGCUCUCUUUCACAGCCAAAGCAAAUUAUGAGCGAUGGAAGCAGACGCGGCUCGGUGCGGUGCUUCAGAUUAAUAUCAAAGACGUGCGUUUGCUUAGCUGUGUCCAUAUGUACGUGAACAACACAGAGAAAAAAAUACUGAAGUUGGUUUCAGUGCUAAUGUAGAGUUGUUUGACCUUUUGUGACCCUAACUAAGAAUGCUUUUGAUCAUUUAAAUGUAACCACUUUUUUUAGACACGUGGGAAUUUAAAUAUUGGCGGGCAUGUGAAUACCUCGUGACUACCACUGGUCUAUCUAUGCAUUAUCAGCCGAAGGAUACGUAACAGUGAAGUCGAUUCGCGUUCGUUCGAAACAGCUCUCUGAUCCGCUGUAACGGAGGGCUUCGCUCCAACAUCCUGGGUCUCCCACUUCUCAGGGUGCCAUAACAGUAGCUGUAACAUCCAAGGCCUGACCUCUGCUGUCUGAAACAUGGCUGCGAGACUUUCAUCUACCUCCACCUGUCCUCUUUGUCCAGUCUGUUCAUGCUAUGAACUGGGUAACAGGUUGGACAGAUGGGAGACAGAAGGUGGAAAGGGAGUAUUUCUCUGAAAACCAUGUUACAGGAGUGAAACCUGGCCAGAAAAAUUGUCCUUUUGUCUGUAUGUUAAAUAAUAAAAAAAAAGACAUGAUGUAUGAACACAUCUCUAACAAAACAAAAUUCAUUUUUUAAUAUAACACAGGUGCCGGAUAGCCUGUUUAAUGACCUGUUUAUAAUGGACUACCUGUAUUGUUAUAUACUGAUUACUAUGAUUACUGUUAUUGUGUGGACCCUAAUGAUGACACUGGUCUAUGUGUACAGAUAAUGAGACAAGCCCUUUCUUUUAGAAUGAAGGGAGCUUUCUGGAGGGUCUGUCUGUUAUCGUCUCUUCAUAUCUGCAAUGUCACGGCAUUUUUAAACUGACAACGGAGCGAGUGUGGCUCCACCUAGUGGACCUUCAUGUGCACUGAUGCAGGCAUUACUGUAGCCAUACUGCAGGCAAAUGAAAAUAACUGACAGCUUGUGAUGCUGUCCGCGCUGGUUUGCAGUUCUUUUUAUUUAUAUUUCCAGACUAUGUAUGUUGACAUGUGUGUAUGAGCUCUCCUGUAGAACCCAUACAGGCAUGAAAUCUGUAUGUUGUCAAAUUUGCUUUGUCCCUUUUUGCACUGACGGGGCGCUGACUGCAUCCCCAGAGAGUGCCUCAUUAUCCAGUCUGUGUGCUUGCAAAUUAAUGUGCACGAACGCAGACACACAGUUUGUUCCUGUGCUGUAGUUCACACAUCUGUCCAACCUUAGUGUCCUGUGUAACAGACAGGCUCUCACACUCCUCAGUCUCCAGCAACGAUUGUGCAAUAAACUGAAGUCUAUAUUUUUAAA